AUGUCAACUUCAGAUUUACGAGAGCGUCUUCGUAAAUUAGCGGAGCGUACUGCUAGAGAAUUACAAGCCUCUCAAAAAAAGAAAGAACAAGGCGAUCAAAGUGCGCAGAGUGAUGGCGAUAAAGAAAAUAGUAUACUCACAGCGCCAACAAAUACGCGCAUGACUCGUACAGCUCCGACCAAACUGCUAAAAAAUACUGAUAUGGUCAAGACGCCAUCUAUUCCAGAACUUGCAAUACAAGAUUCAUCACAGAAACCGAAUGUCAGUAUAGUACCUUGUACUUCUACCGUCAGCAGUGCAAAAACCGGGACUUCUUCUGGCAUGCCUAUAGAAUCCGUUAUUACAGCACCGAAAUCUCCGGACCAAAUCGAGGAAGCUUAUAAUCCUGUUAUCAGGAGUAACAGGUCAGUCAGUAGAUCAGCUGAGAAGGACAAGAAAAAACGAACUGCUAGUGCCCAUGUUGAGCAAUCAGCGGGUCCGAAUGGAGAUGGUGUUGCAACGUCGGCAGUCCACGCAUUACGUCGUUCAGAAUCUGCUUCCAGUUCUCGUUCUAAUCGUUGUAUUUGUGUAAACAGUCAUUCAUACGUUGUGAUCGAUUUGUUGGGUAAAGGCGGCUCCAGUAAAGUUUAUCAAGUAUUAGAUGAGAGGCAGAAGAAAUUGCGUGCAGUGAAAUGUGUUGAUUUAUCGGAAGCUGAUUAUUCCUGCCGCAGUGCCUAUUUAAACGAAAUCAAACUCCUUCUUAGUUUGAAGGACACAGGAUGUGUUGUGGAGAUGUUUGACUAUGAACUUCAUGGUGAUUUCUUGUAUGUAGUGAUGGAAAAAGGUGACACCGACUUGGCGACUUUUCUGAAAACUCGGAGAAAUCAAAUUGAUGAUAUAUUUAUCAGAUUUUAUUGGAGUGAAAUGUUAAAAUGUGUGCAUACUAUUCAUGAAAAAGGUAUUGUUCAUUCUGAUUUGAAACCGGCAAACUUUCUUCUUGUCGGCGGAAAUCUCAAAUUGAUCGAUUUCGGAAUUGCGUCAGCAAUACCAACAAAUAAGACAUCAGUCAUGAAAGAUACACAAAUGGGAACGCUGUCUUAUAUGCCGCCAGAAGCUAUUGUAGGUUCAAAUGCUUCAGUACAUGAUGGAAAAGAAAUAUACAAGGUUCGUAAGAAAUGUGAUGUGUGGGCUUUGGGUUGUAUAUUGUAUAAUAUGGUUUAUGGACACACGCCAUAUCAAAUGUGGACAAACCCAAUUCAAAAGAUGCAUGCUAUUUUGAAUAAACCAAUAAUUUUUGAGAAAAUCGAAGAUGCUGAUUUAAUGGAUGUUUUGAAACGAUGCUUAACAAGAGAUCCGGACCAACGAUCCACCGUUGAGGAGUUGCAGAAACACCCAUAUUUGACGAGCAAAGUUCGUAAAUGUAUGGAUGAAUCAAUAUUACCGCAAGAUGACAACGAUUUAAUGAAAGUAGCUGAAGAUUUACGAAAUUGUACACCGCGAACUUCAGCUCGAAAACUCCGUGAUCUCAUGCAACGACGAGGUCCAAAAACCACGAGAAAAGACCUAGUGACAAGCAAAUUCACUUGA